AUGCUGGACAUUCAGACACAUAUGGACUUUGCUGGCCAGGGAAAGGCGGAGCGCUGGUCCCGCUUCAUCAUCACAUUUUUCGGAGUUGUAGGCCUGAUUUACGGAGCAUUUGUGCAGCAGUUCUCACAAACUGUUUAUAUCCUGGGCGCCGGAUUCGUGCUCUCCUCUUUGAUCACCAUUCCUCCGUGGCCCUUGUAUCGCCGCAAUGCCCUGAAAUGGCAGAAACCCAUCGAUACGGAUGCCAAAUCCUCCAGUUCCGAGUCCGGUGACGAGGGCAAGAAGAAGAAGAAGUAG